GCGACAUAUGAAUAUAGUUACAUGGUCCUUGCCUUACUCUCGGCAGUAACAGGUGGCCAUGCACUCGUCGGUAUCGUCGAGGAGGUGUCGCGGGGAACGCUGCCCGAUCUCUGAGCCAUACGGGGACCAACCCUAACCUCUUUCGGCUGCCACGACAAUCCGCCACCCUCCUCUCCUCCUCCUCCUUGCUCCUGAGAACGCCUAGAAAUAUCCUACGCAGGCGCCGACGACUCUGGCCGCGUCGGUUAAUAGCAGGUUUCAACUCGGACGCACCAAUUCAGCGGCGUGCUCUCGCCGCUGACAAUCCCUGAGACCCGGGUCUAAGGCGGACCUGAGCUUUGCUAUCAGCCAGUGGAACGUGGCCAGGGUGUUUCAUCCGGCCCAAUCGCCCUGCGCCCCACCACCACUCGCUCUGGUCCCCCUUAUCUGCUGCUGGUCCCGACGACGACGAGCGUGACGACGACACAGGCCACGCGCCCACCAUGAACAGCCGCCCCUCCACCUCAUCCUGGACCGCCCCGCCCAGCCGGCGCGAGCUCACCCUGCUCAUCUUCUCCCUCACCCUCUUCGUCCUCUCCUAUAACCUCGACUCCUCCAUCUCCUCCUCCCCUUACAUUCUCAAAUCCCUCCCCUUCUCCUCCUCCUCCCCUGCCUCGAUUCCGCUCGACUACGACGGUCGCCGCCCGGUGCCCUUCCGGGACGACCUCGAGAAGGAGAUCGUCGGCGACUGGGGAUGGCGCCAGGGCGAGGUCGCCGAGGGAACGGGACGCCCCCCGGUCGGCGAAGGCCAGGAGUACCAGAAGAACUCGACCUGGAACGGCGUCCUGCGCGGCGACAGGAGCCCUAAGGGGCUCAUCCGCACGAGCACCAACGAGGAGAGCGUCCGGUUCGACGACGGCUUCCCGACGACGCGGAUCACGUACCAUUCUCCAGGAUACACGGUGCUCGAGAACGUGGUCCUCGCCGCCGGCACGUUCUUCAUCGUGACCGACACGCCCGGCUCCGUCCCGGCUCUGGACGAGAUCGGCUCGUCACGCGAAGACCCGGGCGCACCACCGCGGCCGCACGACUGGCAAGUCGUCUCGCGCGCUCUCGCGGCCGAAAUAUUCCCCGACCACGGCGCCAAAAUACACGGCACGACCUGGCUCUCCACCGGACCUUACGCGUCACAAGACACCUACACCAUCCCCUCGCUCUACGCCGCCCACGCCCUCUCCAUCUCCUCUUCCUCUUCCUCCUCCUCUCUAAACUUACCCCCGCCCCCAGCACCGCUCCGCCUCCUCCAUCCCUCCGUGCACUUCUACGCCGAUCCGACCCCGGACGUCGACAUCCACAACCCGGGCUGGGACUUCCUCCCCCCGCGCGUGCUCUCCUACACCGGCAUCUCCCCCGCCACCCGGCUCGCCGCCUUCCCGAGCCUCGGGCUGAUGAUGAAGGAGGACUGGGAGGACUUCGUCGGGAUGGACGUGCCCUUCGUGCUCGAGCGGCUCGUCGUGGCCGACCGCGGCGCCGCGUACCGCCACCUACCCGACGACGUGGGCGAAGCCGGCGUCGCGUUCGAGCGCGUCCUCGCCGACGCGUCCUCCUCCCGACUCCAACAGCAGCAACAUCAGGGUCAGGAAGGGAAGGGCGCGUGGUGGGCCCCCGCGCGCGACACGCUGCUGCUCAACAUGGGCCUCGACCCGGAGACGCUCGCCGGCGGGACGAGGAAGCCGGUGGUGACGUACGUCUCCGCGCGGUCGUUCGACCCGGAGCAAGAGCGGUGGGACGACCGCGCGGACGACCGGUGGUUCGUGCGCGAGGAGGACGAGAAGGCGCUCGUGGACCGGCUGAGGAGGCAGGGCGGAUGGGACGUGCGCGUCGUCAACGUCGGCGGGCGCACGGGCUGGCGCGAGCGCAUGACCGCCGUCGUCCACUCGUCGGUGAUCGUCGGCGCGCACGGCCGCGCGCUCGCGGACGCGCCGUUCCUCCGCCCCGCGGCCGGCGUCGUCGAGCUCUUCCCGGACGGCGUCUUCGUACGCGACGCGAGCGCGUUCGCGCGCGCCAUGGGGCACGCCUACGUCGCGGUCCAGGCCGGACGAUCGUUCAAGGACGAGCUUCCAGCCGUCAGGUUCGCGGAGCCGUCCGACCCGCACGAGUUCGGCGCGGACGCGAACGCGGUCGUCGAGGCCGUCAAGCAGGCGCUCGCACGAUGAGAUGUUCUAAAAGAAACGAACGUUAUGGUACUGACAUGCAUCUCAUUUCCUCUUGGGACACUCGCAACUCCUUUCGCAUAUCCUCAUACACAACGUAGCAAAGUAGAUCAUCGUCGUUUCUUGUCGCCGCUAAUAGCUAUUUACAUAUACUACCAUUUCCG